AUGGAUAUGGGAGGUGAUAUGCCGGCACAUGUGUGCAAGAUUUCAAUGCUCUGGAACUGGUACAGAGUCGAUGCGUGCUUCAUCAGUACACAAUGGCACAUUCGCUCUGAAGUUGCCUUUGCCUUUACGGUCAUCUGCAUCUUCAUCCUCGUCGCAUUAGUCGAGGGAGUCCGUCGGUUCGGUCGUGAAUAUGACCGCCGCCUCAUAAAAGUUCACCAGGCAAAGGCUGAGCCUGGAUCGGGAGUCCCAUUCGCCCUCACAUGGCCUCAGCAAGCGACGAGGGCCACCAUCUUUGGCGUUCAGUUUGGAGCAGCUUAUAUUCUCAUGCUCCUUGCGAUGUACUACAAUGGCUACAUAAUCUUUGCCAUCAUACUGGGCGGUACUUUUGGCCACUUUGUCUUCUCACGGGACACGGUCAACCAGGUUGCUGCGGAAGGGGAUAAAGGUGCUUCAUGCUGCUGA